AUGGUAGUUCAUAAUGGCCAUACAUUUCCAAGAAACCAGCACUUCCUAAGAGAUCGAAUGGUCAAAUAUUAUAAGAGUGAUAUAUGGGAAACUAUCAGUAAUGCUCUCAGGGGACCUCAAGCAAUCUGGCUUAUGAGAGUGGGGAUACGAGUCAAACAAUAUUCCAAUUGGCAAUAUCAGAAAGGAAUAAUCAAUAAGGAAAAGAAAUCGAUUCUUUUAGAGUCUCUAAAAGUUGUUGAUUUAGCAGAGCAGAUAUUUGGUGCAAACCAUGCUGGAAGCCGACUCGCUAAUGAAAUUAAUGAAUGGCAUCCAAUAUCUGGAAAAGUAAAUAAAAAUAUAAGGCAAGCCUGUGUCGAGCAUGGGCAUGCAAGUAUGCGAGGUCAAGGAGAAUAUACACCAUGGUUCAAUAGGUUCAAACAUCCAACACACUACCUUGUUCGAGUUGCGGUAAAUGGAGAAUUGCCGAAUGAUAAUAUCACUAGAUUUGCGCAG